CGGCAGUGCUGGCUGCCGCCCGGCGUUGGCGGCUCGGUAUUGUGGGGUGGGGUCCGUACCGUCUUCGGCGAUUGUGCUUGAGGGUUGGGCCAACCAGUGAGCUGACUGCGCGCAGCGGGAUUCCGUUCUGAGGAGUGUGUAUUGUAGACGUGGAUCAUUUACGAGAACGGUUCUUACUCGACUUGGCUACAGUGGGUGACUUGAAGAAGAUGCGUAUUUUUGUAUUGUAUGGCCCUGCAACCUGCUGGUGCCAAGUGGGAGGGGUCUCUGGCGAAGCCUAAAGCCAGUGAUGGCUUGGGAAGCCCUGUGACAUAUGUGGAUGGUUCUGUGAUAGCCUGGGUCAGCGCUGUAACAGUGUAACGGCCAGCGGGACCGGCGCUUGGGGGUUAGCCCUGAGACAGCUGGGUGCCUUGUGGAAGCGGAUACGCCCGUCUUGACAGAAGGAAGGAUCCUGUGACUGCUGAAGCCUGCAAGAGGUCCGACUCCUGAGCCGACCGGGGCUCAGCCUUGUGGACGGUCCACCGUGGACUGUCACCCACCCCCGGCCCAAUGCAAGAGCGGAGCGUCCACAACUGGGCGGCGGACUUCGGCAGCACGGUGUCUGGCGCCUACCCGGAGCAGCACUAUGACCUGGUGGUGCGGCCGGCGGCCGGCCCGUGCGGCUGCGGCGCCGGUCCGCCGCCGCCCCCGCCGCCCCGGUUCGCGGUGCCGCCCCCGCCCGCGGACCCGGCCUGGGCUGCGGCCGGAGAGGACCUGUGUGACCUGCUGGCACCGCUGCAGGUGUGCCGUGCUCGAUCGGGUCUGACGGCCGUGCCGGACCCGCAGUCGACUCCGUCGCAGUCGAUGCUGGCCGCCCUCAUCACCACGUCGCUGUUCCUCUUUAUUGUACUCGUCGCCGGAACCAUAUUCUUCUGCAAACACCGGCGGAAGCUGGCCAGUCUGAUGGUCACCUCGGCUGCCGAUAAGAGGGGGGAGGUGUCCCGGGCCCUGUACGACGACCUGUCGAGGAGGCCGCACCACGGAGCACCGACCGGCCUGCGCUCCGGCGGUCCACACAUCGAGAUGGUGGCUGUGAAGUCGGGUCGGCUGCCGCCGCGGCUGCUGCCCGGCGUCCCGGUUGACGCGGGCAGUGGCACGCUGUUCUUCUAUCCACCGGCGCCGUCCCUCUCAGAGGAGGGGUCGGAGCGGCUCUCCAACAUGUACGAGGAGAUACCCUACUACGGCCGUCCGGCUCCGUCCGUCUCAAACUACUCCGACUCUGACGAGGACGCCAUCAGCCACCCGUCCGGAGACCCGGAGCCGGAGCCGGAGCCGGGUGGUGUGUCUGGAGGCCGGCCGGAGCCGCGGUACGUCUGCUCAGUACCCCCAGCAGCGACCGGGAGCCGGCGGCGCUCCGCCCGCCCGCGUCACCACCCGGCACUGCGCAGGAAGGACCCCUACUACUACUCGGAUAUCUUGGAGCGCCACGAGCCGGGCCGGGCUGAAGGUGUAGAUGUGGCUGCGGUGGCGUAUCGAGGACCUCGAGACCAGCGAGGCCCGCUAGCGUCUCGACUGGCGCCGGACCCGCUUCCAGACCUAUACGGUGGCCGGUCCGGCGCCUCCCGCGCACAGGCCAAUAAACUGAGCUCGUUCAGGCCGGGUGGGUCGACGGAUCAUACCGGCGCAGACUCUGAGGUGUAUGUGAACUCGAGUGGUCGGCUGCGGGCUGGCUAUGGUGGCAGUGGGAGAAGUCGGCGGACGCAUGACACUUGACCGAACGGGGGAUGUAGAACGUCGAUCCUCACCACAUAUGGGCUAAAGUGCGUGCUUCUGUGAAUGAAGGUGUGUAUUAUGUGUGUCUGUAGCAGUCAGGUGAAUGCAAUGGGCGACCUUCACAGUGGAGUUCGAUCUUCGCUCGGCUUGAAGCGAUAGAUACCACAGUGAUUGUCGUGUCCGGGUGGUCUAUGUUUUGCUUUGUUUUGUUUGUUUUUGGUCAUGCAAGUAAUUAACUGAGUUACAGCUUUGUAAUGUCAUUCCGGCGUGCUUAAAUCGCGCAUUGCGUGAUUUAGUAACGCACUGGCGCGCCCUGCAGUACUGUGUACUGCCUCCGUAUGUGUAAAUCAACUGUGAUAGUGACCAUUGUGAUGCAGCAAUAGGAAAAUAAACCCAGGUGAUAAC